GACGACAUGCUAGCAGUCUUCUCUCAUCGGGAAAGUCAGUCUCUCUGAAACUUCGCCGUAAACCGACAAAUUUACAGUUGAUAAUAGCAUUAAUAGCAAUCUUCGAAAGUAAUCAUGGGGAAUUUUCUGUAUAGGAAAAAAGCAUCCAAUUGCAGUAAAUUGGUUUUCGUUUUGAUUGGUCGAACUGGAUGUGGUAAGAGUGCAACGGGCAAUAGCAUUAUUGGUGGAAAUACGUUCGAUGCCGAACGACGUCUAGUAUCAACGACAAAGACUACACGCUAUGGAAAACGUACAUUUGAUGGAAAAGAUCUUGUAGUUAUCGACACACCUGGUGUGUUUGAUACUGGCGGCGAGCAAGAGAAAACAAUAACCGAAAUCACCAAGUGCGUUGGCGUUGCAGUGAGUCAGGGCGAGGGUGUGGAUGCCUUCAUUUUGGUUAUUAAUGCCGAUGACAGGUUUACUAAAGAGCAUGUCGACUCGGUCAAGAUAUUCCGUGAAACCUUUGGAGAUGAUAUGAUGAAAUACCUAAUCGUAUUGUUCACACGAAAGGAUGCUCUUACACAGGAAAACACUACGCUGGAUGAAUUUUUAAAAGAGACGCCAGAAGACCUGUCGGACUUACUGGCCAAAUGCAAUAAACGUGUGAUUGCUUUUGACAAUAAAACCAAAAUAGAGAAGGUGAAAAAGAAACAAAUACAGGAACUUGUUCAAAAAGUCGAACAAAUUAAGGAAGACAACGGGGACACCCCUUUCAAAAACCAAUACACAGAAGCUAUCAAAAGUAAAAUAGCGGAAGAUCAAGAGAAUUAUGACGGGGAAAAUAUUGCAGAUAAACAGAGCGAUGCUCUAGUCAAUGGAACCUCUUCCAUAUGGGCCUGGCUCUACGAAAUCACUUUACAUGUUUUCAAUCUCGGUUACAAUUCAUGGGCAACAAAAAGCAGUAUUUCAUUUGAGGAUGUACUUGUAACUGACAAAACUGACUAA